AUGGACCUGCACUCCCGAUCACCCCGCCCUAGCAAGCCCCGCUCGCGCUCCACUAGGCCUGCACGACCUAAGAAGCUGAAAUCAGUGACUUAUACAGGAUGUUGGACCUGCAGGUCUCGAAAGACGAAAUGCGACGAACGCCAAGAAAAUGGAUGUGGCAUCUGCGAGCGAUCCGGGCUAAAAUGUGCUGGCUACGAUGUGAAUCUGUACUGGGUUACAGGAAAGCGAGAGGUUUGUCGUAAGAUUCACCGUAGAAGUCUUGUGCUCGAUCGGACCAGCUCGAUUUACUUGCCAGAUGAGCAAGUUGACGAGAUCUUGUCGACCCUUGAUAGUAUUGAUGCACCAUCCAAUACAGUCUCUAUGGGUUCAUUCUCCAUCUUCAACGCUCGCACGACCGGCAACUCUGCCAAAACUGCAGACGAAUCCGAUGAACUCAUUGUGAGACCGAGAUGUAUUGUAUCCUGCUCUCCAUCUUCACCUCAUUCUGAGCUUUCCCUGCCCCUGUUUCAGGACUCGGAAAUCUCGCUUCUCCUAUAUCAUUAUAAAGACCAUGUCGCUGGUCUUCUUCAACCAGUCCUUCAUCCUGAGAAUCCUUGGCGGACAACUUAUGUCCCGUUCGCUCUUGAAGGGCGCCCCGAUCUUUUGCUUGCGCAGAACCCUGCGCCAUCAUCUACGGCGUCAACCGCGAUCUUUCAUGGCUUAUUAUCGUCAGCCGCAUUUCACAUUCGAAACCUCACUGGUGGAUCGGAGAGAUUCAAUAACCUGGGCUUUCGACAUAGAACCAAGGCACUGCAAGCCUUGAAGACGGCGCUCGUCGAUACCGAUGAUCCUCAUCUAUACACCGUACAACUGACAGCAAUGUUGUCCCUGGUGACUAUUGAUACUAUAACGGGCGAGGAUGCCGAUUUCCCGAUUCAUCUGAAAGGCUGCCGACAGCUACGAGAGUGUCAUGAGUCCAAGGCUUUCGGAGGUCCAAGUCAGAAGGUCAACAACAUAUGUCAUUUCCUGACUCUUCUGGGCCGAACCACGUCACCGGAGCUCCAGGUGACCCAGGUCGCAGACAAGUGGUGUCUCGAGAAACCACUAUUUAGCAGCAGUGAUACUCACAUUGAGUACAUUUACGGAAUCACUCCCACUCUGGGAAAUCUGCUUCAUCGAACGUGCCAGAUCUCCGAAGCUGUCUCAACAUAUGACCGACAACAUAUACCCAAGUCACUCCAAAAUGCCCGCAAUGCCCUCAGAGCGGAGCUACUUACCUGGAGCUUAGCAACAGACGACUGCCAUUUAGUAAAUUCCGAGGCAGCGAUAAACAUGCUCGAUAUAAUCCGUCGACAAGCCUGCGCGUUCCACAGCGCCGUGUUGAUAUUUUAUUACCGGGCCAUUGAAAAUCACGACCUUAUCAAUCCCCAGCUGGAGGUUCUGACUGUCUGGGAAAACCUGACUAUAGCGGAACAAAAUAAGGAGCAUGAAUUGCAGAAACAGAGAUAUGGAGCCCCCAUGUCCUGGCCUGCUUUCAUCGCCGCCUGCGAAGCUGUGAACCGACAGCCAUGGGCUGAGUGGUGGGCAAAGGUCCAGAGGUAUAACUUGGGAAAUUUCCGACGACAAUGGAUUAUUAUUCAGGAAGUAUGGGGGAUUAUGGACAGUCAGGAUAUAUGCUGGAGGGACGCGUUGCAACAGUGCGGAAAAUUGGUGCUACCAAUCUGA